AUGCGGAGUAUGAGCGAGGUUAUGGAAGGAAGGCUUGGAUCGCUUGACGAAAGUCAAAACAAUACCAACGCCGUUGUCACACGACUCGAACAGCGAUUAGAGGAAGUUUUGCGUGCGCUCCAGCAGCAACCACCUCACCGCGACGAUCCCCCAAGGCGCGAACCACGCCAGCACGAUGAGCAUGCCGACCGCACACCAUCCCCACGGCGCAAGCAUCGACGCGAGCAACGGCGCGCACACGAACAGGAGAAGGGUCGGCGACGCGAGCGUUACGAACACGAGGAGGAUUUCGAUCAGCGGUCGCAAGCGUCCACCUACCGUGAGCGGCCUAAGCCCGACAAGCCGAGGUUCGUAAUGUCCAUCUUCACGGGUAGUGAUCCGGAGGCUUGGCUCAACAGAAUCGUGCAAUAUUUCGAACUGAAUGAAACCGACAGCCACGAUCGAGUACGGUACGCAGCAUUCUACUUAGAUGGAGAGGCCAACUAUGGUGGCAGUGGCUUUCCCGGAUCUACCGUAGGCGGCAACAAGUCAUUACAUGGGCUAACUUUGAGAGAGAAUUGCUCACUCGAUUUGGCACGUCCAUUGUUAGAG